AUGGCGCUUUUUUCAAAAAUAAAAGAUGACUUUCAGGAUUGGCAUGAAAAUAAGAGUGCCGGACAGCGAACCGCAUUGGGAUUAACGAGAAAUUUGGAUGAUGGAAGUGCUAAUGUCAUUUCCUUGAAUGUUGAAACGGGUUCGAAAAGUAUUGUGCAGCUAAAGGAUGUUGGUGCGAAAAAAGUACGAUUGAAGUACAACGGAGUUUUACCACAAAAAGCAAUUGUUGGCCUAUGGAAUGCACUUACAUCAUGUUCUAGAAAUCCGAAAAUUCUGCAGAAUGAAGCUGAUAAGCUGAACGAAAAGCUGAGUCAACGCCAGUUUCCAGCAUCACCUGAAGAAGUACGAGAAGCACGUCAUGAAAUUAUGAACAUGUUAAAAGCCGAAGGUGGAUUUCUGGAUCGUAAUUCUGUCAGUCAGAAAGUUCUGGAAGCAUUCGAUUUUGAACUAAAGAAAAAAGCGAGUAAAUUGCUGCGUUACACGAGAUAUAAUUGGAAGCCGCUGGAUUUUAAAACACGUGAACAUGCCGCAGCUUAUACAUUAGCCAAAUUUGCACCUAAUUAUGCAGAAGUUUAUUUUGUAUUACAAGAAUUCAAGAAUAACGGAUACAUUCCACAAACAGUCUUGGAUUAUGGAAGUGGUUCUGGUGCUGCAUUUUGGGCUGCAUUUGAACAUUGGGGAGAACGGGUCAAAAGUUAUCUGCU